AGCAAAGAGGAAAUGUAUGUGAGGCAGUCAAGCACAGAGAAGGGAAUGGAAGCAAGGUUGGCUCCUAUGAUGUUGCCUUACGUGCAUGGAAGGAGAAAUAACCAAGUUGACAACUGAAGCUUGUCUCAGAAAAUAGAGCCGCGUCGUCUUCCUUCAUCUCCAUGCUGGCAGAAUAAACCUUUUUUGUUCAGCAGCCGUGCUUUUCUUCGUUGUUGCUUAGUACCUUUCACUGCUUUGUUUUUGUGUGCAUGCGGACCCAGCGAGGUUGACAAGGGGUGGCAAUCCUGCUCAGAGAGAGCUGGUAUAGCAGCCAGACAGGAAAAUUGUAAGACUUUGGUGGAGUGCAAUGGUGGACAGCAUGGUGGACACUGGUGUCAAGAUUGGUGGAUGCAUCAGAGGGAUUGAAGGUAGCCUGAGCGGCACUUUGCGUUGUGUGUUGUCUCGGUGCUGGAGCUGGGAGAGUCUCCACUCCACCACAGCAGUGAUUCUUCCGGAUGGGCUCUCAAAGAAACUGGGCUCUGGACAAGAUCUGGGCAGUGAGGAAGAUUUGUUGUAUGAAGAAUUCUGCAGUUCUGUUCACUGUUUUGGACAUCCAGGAGGAGGUGGAGGAGAACAGCUGGCUAUCAAUGAGCUUAUCAGCGACGGAAAUGUUGUGUAUGCUGAGGCGCUCUGGGAUCACGUCACCAUGGACGACCAAGAGCUCGCUUUCAAGGCUGCUGACGUCAUCCAAGUGGUCGAUGCCACCAACAAGGAGUGGUGGUGGGGUCGCAACGUGGACAGAGAAGGAUGGUUUCCUUCCAGCUUUGUUCGGUUGCGUGUGAACCAAGAUGAACCCUCAGAGGACUUUCCAACCCACCUGGAAGGUGACCAGUCUGCAGGACAACAACAACAACCGGGUUUUGGAUUGAUUUUGGGACCUGGAUUACCCAGCAAGGAGCAGAUGAGAGCUAACGUCAUCAAUGAGAUUAUGUGCACAGAGAGGGACUACAUCAAGCACUUGGAAGACAUCUGUGAGGGUUACAUCAGACAAUGCCGCAAGAGGACCGACAUGUUCACAGAAGAGCAGCUUCAAACCAUCUUUGGGAAUGUUGAAGAGGUCUACAAGUUCCAGAAAACAUUUCUAACUAUCCUCGAGAAGAAGUUGAACAAGGAACAGCCACAUUUGAGUGAACUUGGCUGCUGCUUCCUUGAACAUAAAACCCACUUCCAGAUUUACUCGGAGUACUGCAACAAUCAUCCCAACGCCUGCAUUCAGCUCUCUCUGCUCUUGAAGGCCAACAAGUAUGUGUUCUUCUUUGAGGCCUGUCGACUUCUCCAGAAGAUGAUUGACAUUUCUUUGGAUGGAUUUUUGCUGACACCUGUUCAGAAAAUCUGCAAGUAUCCUCUGCAGCUGGCUGAGCUGCUCAAAUAUACCAACCCGCAGCACAGGGAGUAUAAAGAUGUGGAGGCCGCCCUAAAUGCCAUGAAGAAUGUGGCGAGUCUCAUCAAUGAGAGGAAACGGCGCCUUGAGAACAUUGAGAAGAUUGCCCAAUGGCAGAGCUCCAUAGAGGGUUGGCAGGGUGCAGAUGUUCUAAGCAGGAGCUCUGAUCUCAUCUUCUCUGGAGAGUUGACUAAACUGUCUCAUCCUCAUGGCAGGAGCCAACAAAGGAUUUUUUUCCUCUUUGACCAUCAGAUGGUGUAUUGCAAAAAGGAUCUCCUGCGCAGGGACAUGUUAUAUUACAAAGGUCGGAUGGACAUGGACCACAUGGAGGUCAUAGAUGUGGCGGAUGGAAAAGAGAAGAACUUCAGCAUCAACGUCAGGAACACCUUGAAGUUGCGCUCACUGGCCGGCGAUGAGGUUCAUCUCCUGACGGCCAAGAAAGCCGAACAGAAACAACGCUGGCUCCGAGCUUUUGCAGAUGAGAGGAGGCAGGUCCAGUCUGACCGAGAGACAGGUUUCUCCCUCACUGAGGUCCAAAAAAACCAGGCCAUUCUGAAAGCCCGCCCAUCCGGGAAACCCAAAGUGGUGAGCAGACCUUGCUACGACUUCCUGCUGCGACAGAAACAUCCCGUGGCGACGUCUUUAGCUCCACAGCACGUGUUCAUGUUGGCUGAGCCCAAACGCAAAGCUUCAACCUUCUGGCACAACAUCGGCAGACUGACACCCUUCAAAAAGUAACACAAGCAAGCAAGCAAACUCCAAAUAUAUUUUUUGGUUGUGAUGAAGGACUUUGGUUUUGUAAAAAACCUUUUAGGUAAAGAACCUGACCUGUAAAAUCUAAUGGAGGACCUAUUGAACAAGUGCAACUGUGCUAUUAGCUCAAAUAUUUGUUGAUAGUGCCGGAAAUGUGCUAUUAUUUAUUCUCUGUCAAUUUACAGAAAAGAGGACUAUUGUAAGCAGGAACAUCCUAAUAUAGUCUUGAAAAUGUUCUCUGCUCAAAAAAAAGCUACUGACCUCAAAAUGUUAUGUUUGUAUUAUAAAGUAUAUGCACACACUAAAAAAUGUUGGGUUAAAAAAUAACCCAAUUUUAACCCAACUGCAGAUUCAGAAAAGGACAAACUCCAUUUUGGGUAAAUUUUUUCAACCCAACUUUUGCGUUGAAUUAUUUAACCAAAAAGUUGAGUUAUGCUAACUCGGUGUCGGGUGAUUGUAAAUAAUAUUAAUUAUAUUAAUCCAUAAUAAAAUUUCAUAAAAAUAACACCAAAAUGUAACCCAACACUAGCAACUCAUAAAUUUGGUUAUCAAAAUAACCCAGUAUUUUUUAGUGUGCAAGGACCUAGCUUAAUUUGGGCCCCUAAACAGAAUUUAAUUUGUUAUUACGGUACUUGUUUUAUUAUGUAAUAUUUAUAUCUAUAUGUAUAUCUAUAUAUACAAACUAAAUAAUUGUAUUUAUGAUAAUAUAAAUAUAAUAAUGCUCACUUACUUAGCUGCUGACAUUUAUAUUAGUGCUGUCAAAUGACUUAUUUUUUAACAGGUUAAUUACACUAAAUGAGAAUAAUAAUGAUUAUUCACAGUUCAGUCUUUUACUUACAGAAUUCAGAUUAACUGUUGAAAGAGUUGUAUUGAGUUUGUGGACCCCAGAAAGACUAGUGGGUUGUUGUGGCAACCAGCUAAUGGGGAUCCUUAAUAAAAAUAAAAAAUAAAAAUCAAAGACCCCGUAUUUUGACACAAAUUUAGUUGUAUUUUCAGAGUGUUAUAUUCAAACAUUUUCGAAAUGUUUUAAUUAACUGCGGGUGAUUGACUUCCUCAAAACUUGAUGACAGUUUAGUAAGAAUUAAGUUAAAGUUAAAAGUUAAAUUACCACUGAUAGUCACACACACACUAGGUGUGGUGAAAUUACUCUAUGUUUGACCCAUCCCCUUGUUUCACCCCCUGGGAGGUGAGGGGAGCAGUGAGCAGCGAGCAGCAGCGGUGGUCGCGCUCGGGAAUCAAUAGUGCACAUUUUGAAAGUCUUUGCAAUAAAUGGUGUGCGUGUCGGUGGGGGCCUCCUCAGUCUUCAUGACAGUCAUGUGACUGUUUAGGGCGGCCCCUCGUAUUCCACAAUGGGUCGCAGCAUUAAGGGUGUUGCCUCACAUUUGGUCAUUUCUGUGAAAAGUUUGAUGGUUGAAUUUACUUCAUGUGAACUUUCCGGUGUGGUUUGCCUUUAUUGGCAGGCAGCUAGAUGCUGGCAUUUAAGACCCGACAUGCUCCGAGGAUUACUCUGCUCACAGCGGCAGCGAAUCCAGACAGUUUUGGGCUUGCUGGGAAAUCCGAAAUAUUGUGGGGUUCUAACCUUGCCAUUCAGCUUGCACUUUUAUUUGUCCAUUUCCGAUCUGUGUUUGUUACGGCCUGUGACUGCAGUGCUGGUGCCUUUCAACACUACAUUUAAAAAAAAAAAAACAGUGCCGUUCAAGCAAAUUAGCAUUAGCUUUUCAACUUUGACAGCCCUUUUUAUAAUGAGUUACCUCAUGUGAUUAAUCACAAAAAAAUGAUCGAAUGAAUCAUGUGUGUAAGCAGAUUAGUCACGCAGAGAAACUACCUUUAAGCUACAUUUAUUUGAGCAAACAAGUAUUAACCUGUGGUUAAUCGCGAUUAAUCCAAACUCAAUAGUGUGAUUAAUCUGAUUUUUAAAAACCAUCAUUUGACAGCACUAAGAGAUACAUAACAAUGAUAUAGUUUGGUCAAGUCAAAGCAUGUUAUUUUGUGUUAUGGUGAAGACUAUAUUUUUGUGCUAUGUGACUAAACUAGAUUACGAUUAGAGGUUGGAAAUAGGAACAGAGUUUGGGUUAAGAGUUAGAUUCAGAGUUAGGAAACUUCCUGCCGGACGACAAACUGGCAUCAUUUGCAUACUGUGUCCUUUUUCUUUCUGCUCUUCUGCUCUUUGCUGUUCUACCUUCAAGUGAAGUUGCUGUGAAGACAAGUCUAUGAUGUCAUAUCGUUCGUGGUAUAAUGCUGCACGCUUCUGCCUUUCAUGGAAUCAUUUCAUGCAUUUGACGCGCUGUGGCGACCCCUUACCCCUGACAGGGAAAAUAGGAAAGUGUAAUAAAUGACAUGUUGUGCAUUGUUCUCAUGCACUACAACAAUGCUGAAAAAUCUCCACUCCAGUUUAUAAAUGUAUACUUUGAAUAAUGACGUACAAUAGGCAGAAUGUGCAUCCUAAAAUAUGCUCCUGAUAUGUAAAAAAAAUAGAUUAGAACACGGCCUAGUGGUUUAUAAAUGUAACAACUUCCCGGGUUUUCUGCACAACAAUGGAAUAUUGAUGUAACUGUUUGUAUUACGUCAUUAUUGCAGAUAAUGCUGUAAAUAUGUAUAGUUAAUGGCAACUAUACACAUUUUCAUACAUAUUUAUGUACUUGUGUGUACGUGUACAUUCUAUAUUUUUUCUGUACAGAAAAACAUCUUGAAUAAAU